AUGGAAGUGCCUGGCCAGACUGUUCUUGAUGAUCUUCCACACCAAGAUACCACUCUUGCUCAAGCCAUAACUGUGCCAUGCAAGCAUCCCAUUGAUGCCAGUGGAAUUCAUCCUAAUUCCACUGCAUUAGUCCAUGAAGACCAAUACUCUGAGACUGUUGAAGAUGCUGUAGAGGGUGCCCCGGACUCCCCACCUACUUUACUCCCUUCUGUUCUUUGA